UCGGCCUGCUGACCGGGUGGCGACGGGUGCCGUGGGCAGGGACGUUCCUCGCACUUCCGCGGCGGCGGCAUGUCCGGGGAUGGGGGCCGCGCGGGAGGAGGAGGGCGGCGGCGGCGGCGCGGGAGGCAGGGGGCGGCCGAGGACGAGAGCCCCGCGGCGGCGGCUGAGCGGCAGAGGCGGCGGCUGCAGGAGGCGCUGUAAGGAUCCUCCAAAAGAAAGCAAAAAGGGGAAGAGCUCCGAAUUGAAGGAUUCCGACUUCUGGGACUCCAGCCGAAGAACCAUCUUGAAGUCCCUGGGGACCCCCCCGACAGCAGAGCAGGACGCCUUUGCAGCCUUGGGGGAGUUGCAGGAGGCCCUUCCGGGAAAAUUGGCCCUGGGGGGCCCAGGGGGCAGAGCGAGGGGCCUGCGGUGUGUGUGCUAUGGCCUCGGGAACUUUUGUUCGUGCGGCAAGGCGCGCCUGCAGCUGGCCUUCCUCUUGCUGCUGCUGGAAGAGCUCAAGAUUCCCCCAGAGAUGUGCUUUGUCUUUGACCCCAUCUUUUCCACCCUGGAAACUGAGGUGCUGGGCGGCCUCGGCCUCACCGUACUGCAGUGGAAUGAGGAGGGGAAACGGAGCAUCGAGGGCCCCACGCUCUUCUACAUGAUCCACUGCGGGAAGGCGCUGUACAACAACCUGCUGUGGAGCAAUUGGUCUGCGGAGGCGCUCUCCCAGAUGGUGGUCGUAGGGAACAGCUUCAGGGGCUUUGAGGAGAGGCUGCUGGCCAAAGUCUUCCGUGAGAAUUACAGCUACAUUGCCAAGGUGCUGGAGGCAUCCCAGGAGGAAGCCCUUCCGCCCCACCCGCUCCACCCCGAUGUCUUCAACGACACAUCCGUCCACCGCUUUCCUCUGCAGAAACUGAGGGGCCUCCCCCAGGAGUGCUGGGCCUGCCAGCCGGAGCCCUUUUACCCAGAAGAGGCUCAGCUGGAAAUCAUCAGAAACAAGCCCCAAUAACAUUCCCCCCCCCCGUUUACAGGAAAUGGGGGGAGCUGCAGCAAUGGAGCCCAAAGUCUGAGGGCAUGCAAUGCAGUGAGCCCCUCCCCACAAACCCCACAACUUUUGCUUCUUGCUGAGAGUCAAAGUGGGGGGGGGGAGGGAGAAAUGGAAAACAGUGAUGGUAGGUCUUGCUCCUUCCAGGAAACCAUGCCAGGAUUUCUCCCCAAAACUAGAAGGGGAACUGGGUUGCUGUCAAACCCAUAGAUCAACUUAUAUUGUAACCAUUAAAAAAAUUCUCUUGAA